GGCCCGUGAGUCACGAACAUGGCUUUCGUUCGUAGUUGAUCGCGGUUGAUCGCAGUCGGGUGGCACCGGUCUCUCGAGCGGAUUUCCCCCCGAAAAAAGCGUCGUUCGACACGGCCCUGGCACGCUGCGACGCGGCGCUCACCGUCGACCGGAUGCGAUCUCGGCGAGAUCGGACCGCGCAGACGGCACGACGCAGGAAUCGUUUCAGUGGCGGAGCGCGCGUGCUCGCACGCGAACCAGUUCCUCGUGCUAGAACCAGCGUGAAACGCGACACCGUGUCGAACGAUACCCGCCGUGCUCUUUCCCUCGUUAGUCACGCGUUUUACGUCGGUGUAACGCGCGUUCGAAACAGUGUUACAACAGUGAAGUGCGAGUGCUCCGGGAUUGGACCGACGGGAAACGAACGACGUCGCCACCGUCGGCACGCUGCGCCAGUGGUUCUUAACCUACACCUCGUUGUUUCGCGGUGUGUCUUCGAGCAGAAUGAUUCUCGGCGCAACCCUUGUCGAAGGCAUACAGUAUAUGCGAGUGUUAGGGUGUCCUAGUGCGUUUUGGAAGCUUCGUUUGUCGAAGGAAUCGGUGCUUGGCUAAGAUUCGCUGUAACGUUUGUGACACUGAUGUUUGGGACCACAGAAACCGAGCCAGCCCCGACGACCUAGACCGAUGAAUCCAUGUUGAGGAGUCGCCUGCUGCCCAGAGAACGUUUUACCAAAAAUCGACGACGUGGUUGACCAUUGUCGAAGCAUAGAGAGUCCUCUUUCGCGCGGCGAGAGCGUGUGCACGACGGGAAAGUGUCUCUCGGUCAUGGAGGAUCGGGAGAGUCCGUUCUCUCGGAGCCAGCCGAGCAGAGGCUCGAUUCGAUCGCAAUUCGGUCGAAAGAGCUUCGCGACGGAGGGCCAGCGCCAGGUUACGCCUCGACAGACCAAAGAAGCGAGUCCUAGAUCGACGACAAGGUUCAAGCCGGCUCAGACCGCGCUGGAGAACCUGAAGCAGUGGGAGUUGGUGGAAGGCGAUCGCGGCCUACGCGUGGUGGAGAAAAAAGGCUCCGUCAGUCCCCGAUCCAGCAUCGUGGAACAGUCCUCGAGUCCCAAAAGCCUAGGACCGCCCACGACUCCCAAGAAGACGGCGCCAGCGAACUUCCGCAUCGACCCCAGCCUACAGGAGAAGCUGAAGGCGUUCAAGGACUCGAAGAUCAUCCAGCCGAUCGCGAUGGAUCCCGGAGACACCGGCGUCCCGGUCAGCCUCGAUCUGAUACUGAACCAACAGAAAGCCUCCGCCGUCGAGAGCACGGACAUGCUUCAAAGAUUGGAGCUCCAGGUCAAGGCCAUCGAAAUGGGCACGCUCGCGGCCAGAACCACGCGCCCGCUGGAAGUCAGCUCGGAUUUCGAGCCGGAAGUCCAGCUCCGAUACAGAGAGCACGAGGAUCUGCUUCGUAACGUGACGGACGACGAGGCCGAGGGGUCCUCCCCGUUGCAACGAGGAGAGGCGACGAGGAACUCGACCGGAAACACGGGGAUCACGACGAAGAAGCCCGCGACGAAACUGUCGAGGACCGCCUCGGACACGAGGCGAGGUCAGGUACUGCACAACAGAGUGCAGCAGCUGCACGAGCUCGGCCGACACCUAAACAAUGCCAGGGGGACGUCGAAGGUUGGGCACAAGGCUGGUCAGAAAGAGAAGGAGACAGGGGAUGGCGUGGGAGUGUCGAGUAGCGGUGGUCGGCUCUCCUCGAGGAGUCGGACAUCGGAGGAGCCUCACAUCGGCAAGUACAAAUUACUCAAAACGAUCGGCAAGGGCAACUUCGCCAAGGUAAAACUUGCCAAGCAUGUGCCCACCGGGAAGGAAGUGGCUAUCAAAAUUAUCGACAAGACUCAACUGAAUCAAAAUAGCCUUCAAAAGUUGUUCCGGGAAGUGAGGAUAAUGAAGAUGCUCGACCAUCCGAACAUAGUGAAGCUUUUCCAAGUGAUCGAGACUGAAAAGACACUGUACCUGGUAAUGGAGUACGCAAGUGGCGGCGAGGUGUUCGACUACCUGGUCCUGCACGGUCGUAUGAAGGAGAAGGAAGCCCGCGCGAAAUUCAGGCAGAUCGUGUCUGCCGUGCAAUACUGCCAUCAAAAGAAGAUCAUCCACAGGGACUUGAAGGCGGAGAACCUGCUCCUCGAUAGCGAGAUGAACAUCAAGAUCGCCGACUUCGGUUUCAGCAACGAGUUCACGCCAGGCAGCAAGCUGGACACCUUCUGCGGAUCGCCGCCCUACGCGGCGCCCGAACUCUUUCAGGGUAAAAAGUACGACGGACCCGAGGUAGACGUCUGGUCGUUGGGGGUAAUAUUGUAUACUUUAGUGUCCGGCUCACUGCCUUUCGACGGUUCGACGUUAAGGGAAUUGAGGGAGAGGGUGUUGAGGGGAAAAUACCGAAUUCCGUUUUACAUGUCCACCGAUUGCGAGAACCUCUUGAAGAAGUUUUUGGUGCUCAACCCGACGAAACGGGCCUCAUUAGAGGUACGUGGAGACAAGACUAUAAUGAAAGACAAAUGGAUGAACAUGGGAUACGACGACGACGAACUAAAACCGUACUUAGAACCCGAGCCUGAUUAUAAAGACCACAAGAGGAUAGGUGAGUCUGCCAAGGCCCUGGCUAGUAUGGGGUACACGAGAAGCGAUAUAGAAGAUUCCUUAGAACAAGCCAAGUACGAUGACGUGUUUGCCACGUACUUACUACUAGGAAGAAAGACCACCGAUCCUGAGUCGGACGGUUCGCGGUCAGGCAGUUCAUUGUCAUUGCGCAACAUUCCGCCGCAAGCUGGUUCAGGUGGAGGUGGAGGAGGAGGAAGCGGAGGAGGCACGGGUGGCGCCGUGCAGAGUCCAUCGCACAGAGGUGUUCACAGAAGUAUUUCCGCUAGCAAUCCAAAACCCAAUAGGCGGGUUUCCUCUGUUAUCGAUUCGUUUCGGGGAGCACCGAGUCCAGGAAACGCGACGAAUCAUAAUCACGCGACUGCAGCGACUGGUGGAACUGUGACUGGAAGCGGUGGUAGUAAUUUAAAACGACAGAAUACCGCAGACACAGCUACGAUCAAGGAGAACAGUACUCGUGUGUCCGCGAGCCGUCCAUCGGCUCCGAAAAACAGUCCAGGGCAAUUAGACACUAUGACAAUGUUCAUUCUAGGCGUGGGUACAAGUCCCGGUGGUAGGGCAUGGGCAGGCAAGAGCAACACGAUGAAUACAGGGGUAGGUGGUGGUAGGCCACUCACCUCACCUGCCCCUGGUUCUGUUGGUCGGCGUAGUACCAUCUCCUAUGAUCAAGCGAAAACGUCCUCCUCGUCUACCGAAAGAACCAACGAUCCACCCAGCCUGGGCGAGGGCACUAGACCAACGCGGGGUCACACCAAGUCUGCGAGCAUCAGCGCAGGUCACCGUUCCUCGAGUGGCGUACCCCCCAGCGACCAUUCACUACUGGACCCACAACCACGCAACGCCCACAACUCCUUACUCGCCACUGCUGACCCUCUUAGACAGAGCUUGGGUGUAUCUCCAAGUAAUAGACUGGCAACACCUACAACACCAGCAUUUCCUCGAAAUGUUCCAAGUCGUAGCACGUUCCACUCUGGCCAAAAUAGAGCGCAACGAAAUCAUACUCAGGGUCACACUCACACACAGGACACGAAUGCAAUUAGCCCGCUAGCGAGACCGUCCUUUUUCUCAAAAUUAUCCUCGAGGUUCUCCAAACGGACGUGAACCGAUUAAAACUUGGCUUCGCUCGGGUUCCGACAAGCAAACGGCCAUAGAGACGCGCGAAACUUAACAUGCGACCAAAUGUAUGCUGCCGGGACCUAAUGCGCUCCCCAACACGCACGCCUAAUCGCAUUUGUCGAAGGAAUCGCGCGUCGAAAAUGUCCGCCCCCCGACGCUCAACCGGAUCGUUCGCGGGACGUGCGUUUGGAGACGAGAAAAAAGAUAAGAGAAACGACCUUUGGCUCCGUUAUUCUGUGGCGUGUCGCCGAGGUGUAAGGUCCGAUAAUACCGUUGUUGGUUUCGCGAACGAACGAAAUUAUAUCCCAACGACGUACGUGCAUCCCUACAGUGACACGAAGGCGCUGAAAAGAGGUGAUUUAGAUAGAGCAGAGGAGUCACAGGACUCGUAGAAGCUUCUGUAAGAGGAAGAAAGAGACGUUACUCUGUUUCUAAGUUUGCGUGUCCAGAAUCUUAAGACUUGAUGGGAGAGGUUGUAGGAAUCAAGGGGCAUUUGAUGCUGACCAAAGAGUUUAUUGGGGUGGCACUUCUCCUCAAUUCGUAUGUUCUCCUACCAAUGUUUCUUAAUGUAUCUGUGCAUCCAUCGUUAGGGUACAAACGUGCACUCGAUCUUUCUUCUCUUGCUAUUCGCGUUACGCUCGGCUAUCCUACUCUAUUUUUGUAAUCUCUUUGGUCAGAGGUCAAAGGACACGCGCAGCGAGAUCUUCCUGCGAUUUACGAACGCCAGAGGUGGGCAGAAUUCCCAUCUAGAUAUAUAAUUUCACAUGAACAUUUGAUCUGUGAUUCGUUCAGUAUAUAUACUGAAUCGCGGAAUUAAUUUAUUAGCCCCUUUGCACUGAGAAUUGUUUCAACACGAAUUCUUUUCGUCGAUUGGAGUCUCUCGAGUCCACGAAGGUACCCAAGAUUCCCCAACGGUACACGAACAACUUCAUGGUUCACAUCGAAUGAAUACAAGGUCCUAUGCUCAUUUGUGCAGCGUUUAGGCAUGUCGUUUACCUAUUCGAAUAAAAUUUUGCCCAUCUCUGUCUCGGAAUAUUCGGACGAUUCCGAACAGGUCUGUCUCUCUUAAUCGUGCGAUCGCAACGAUUCGAGAAUACGAAUGUCUUCCUGACGAUGCAGGAAGGCGCCUUAUCCACUUAGAUGUUAGCACUCGAAUUUGUGCCUUUCCUAACUCAGCCUGCCAACUAUACCGAACGUGCACUCGUAUUGCCGCUCAUCUAAAGAUAUACAUAUACCCAAUCUUCUUUCUAUUUUUAUACGUAUUCGUACGUCGCGACGUAUACCUUCUUGGCUUCGUUUUCUUUCUUUCCUACCCCUAAAGUACGAACGAGCGCGCGUUGACCGUUUGUCGAUGAUCCAAUUCGUUAACGAUACAAUUACCAGCAAAUUUCUAAAGGAAGCCCGCCGCGUUAGGUGAACCAUUUAAUCGCGUACAGAGUCCUAGAGCCGCGCGUUGCGAUCCAUUCCGGGUAUGCGUGUUCUACGAUGAGCGUUUCGUCUUCUAAAAUCACGAACAACCGAUUCACCAUUGCGAAUUACGAAUGUAGCGUACAAUUACCAUUUGAUCCGACAAUUGCGAGCAACGAUUAACCCCUUGGCGUCCUGCUAGAGGCCCUGACUCGAACUUACGAAAACCGAACCACGAUUGUAUGGGUUCUUCCAUUGUGUGUUUCAAGAUACUGACAUAUUUUAGGUUUAGCAUAUAUCUCUAUCAGCUGCUAGCUCAAAACUUGACAUCAACCGUGUUCCUGGUGUUUGGCGCGUCAAGGGGUUAACAGCAAUCACUGCCCAACGUCACGCGUGAAUUUAGAAGCCAGAUACAUCAUCGUCUCUUUCGGUGCUGCGGGAGCUUAUCAGUUUCCCGCACGCGUCGCGGUGCUAACUCGGUUCAAACUUCAGCAUCGAAGGGGAAGUUUAUCUCUAUAAAUUUCUCGUUGUCGCGGCAAUUUGUUCCCUCUCGAUUCCGCGUCCCCCGUUAGAUGCAAACUUCCGUCGAAUAUCGUUCCUCGCGACUACUCGACGCUCGUUUUCGUUCUCUGCGUUAAUUCGUGAAUUAUUCCGCGACCUGAUCGCGACUUUUUCGCGUCGCGAAGAAAUUAGGCGAAGUGGUAUUAAUUGUACUGACAAAAACGAAAUCGAUUUCGUAAAUGUAAAAACUAUUCAUUCGUGCAUUGACAGGUUUUCUAAGUGAGGGUCGAAGUCUCGCCUUGUUUCCCUCGAGCCGAAAUGAGAGCGAGCCGCACGCCGAAUAAUCGAGCAACGCAGCCACUUUGCUCGCUAAAAAAUAAAGAAAGAAAUGAACUAGUUAAAAAGUAUGAUCGAGUGGCGAAGCGUGACUUCCUACGUAGUCGUAUUCUUUUAAUUCUUUUCUCGUUUUUCGUUUCUUUUUUGUUUUUAAUUAUCGUCUCUUUCUCUGUUAGCGAUAUUACGUAGGAUUAUGAUGAAACUGUAGACUACCGCCCUUGUAAUACCGCAUUUCUGCGCAUCGUAUUCCUACGAUCCAGGGGAAAUAUGUUGGAUAACAAUUUCAUUUCAUCGGACGCGAUAAUUUUCCUCCAGUUCGGUUUAACCCUUUAAUGCAUACAGUGUCCCCAAAAACGAGGCAUGACACUGUGAAUCAAAACAAGUGAUAUUAAUCUUUUUUUUUUUUUUUAUACAACGAAACUAUACGUGUUAGUGGAUAGAUCUGAUCCACCUGUACAGCGUUUAAUACCAAAAUAAACAAUACGAUGGCAUACUUUCUACAGUGAAAAUUAAAGUUAUGCAUUAACGAGUUAAUCUGGUCCACCAUGUCCGUUCGACUCUCACGUCGUUCGUCACUUUUCGUUCCUCGAGACCAGAAAGUUGCAUUUCCCGAGCUUCGAGGCUCGUUUACUCCCCCGACUGCCUUCCUCUUGCGAUUCCCCUGAAUUUUUCUUUUGAUAUCCAGCAUAGGUUCCUCGCAGUGUGAAAUUUGCGUUUGGUUUUUGACGCGUAAAAAACCACCACCCACUGGAAGAUUCCCCAUAUCGAUUCUCUCGUCCGUUUCUCUUUACGAAUGCGCAGCGACGGGCAAAAUUUUCGUCGAAUAACAACGAUUCGAACGUUUAAAAUAUUUGUAUCCAGCGUGAAAUACAAUUUCGUGUUCAUUAACUUCAAUUUUGUCCGCCAAGCAAUCUAUGAAAUGUAUAACUUGCUCCAAAUCUUCUUAUUCGAAUCGGAAUUUAGCCCAAUCGAUGCGCGUGCGUGUGUAUAUCGCGAUAUACAUUGUAAUUUCUGUAAAUACAUUGUUCUGGAUGUCUCGUCCCGUGAAGUUAUAUUUUGUACAGCUUCGUGAUCAUGAAAGGUAGACUAUAUAUUUCGUACCCUAAAAGAAUUCGCGGGACGCUUAAAAGUCGAUCGGUGAAUAGAACUUUCGAGAAAUCGAUGUUGGGGGGUCGGGGGAGGGGGGAGAACUCGCCUUACCGUUAAACGUAUGCUACGCGACCUUUUAUAUCGGUUUCCUCGGAUUUCUCUCUGGCAUUUAACGAGUCGAUGUGAAACGAUAUUCCAAGUUACACAUACAUUUUUUCUUUUUUCAUUUUUCUUUUUCAUUUUAUACUAUUUGGUUGGUACACGAUACCGUACACUUUCAUUUGUCGAAGUUGAAUCGCUACACGGGAAUCAUUGAAAUGUAUAUGGCUAAAAGGCAUUCCACGCGUUUUUUUUUUCCCCUCUCCUUAAACGUGAUUUACAUCUUUCAUCGGAGGUGUUUCUAUCGUACCGUUCGAGUUGCGUGUAAACAAAAAGAAAAGAACACCUCGCGUUAAAAAUGUGCAUUUUCUCUUUUUUUUUUUUUUUUAAGUUAUAUAGCAUUUUACACGAAGCAAGCUAAACGAAAAGAAAAAGGUGAACAAAAAGGGUUCUUUUAUCAACAUGUACGAUAAGACAUUACGACAUUGCUCCGAGACUGAUCUCAAAAUGACUAACGAAUUUAAACAAAAUAAAUAUAAAAUAAAAAGAAUCAAGAGCGUGCUUACUCGUUCGCAGUGGCUAGCAAUUCAUCGAUGUUACAUUCGCUUUUUUCGUCUUUUUCUCAUCUCUACUUUUUUUUCUUUUCUUUUUUUGUUUAAUUUAUUAUGUUAACACACAUUCGCCAAAAAGUUGGGUCGAUUGUGCACAGGUGUGAGAACAGGUGCAAAGAGAGAUUCAUCGGUAGGGAUAGGCCAUAAACGAUUAUUGGUUACUCGUUUCUUUGUAUAUUGAUUACUGUAUCUCGAUCCAUUAUUGUACUAAUUAAUCGAUAGAAAUAUAUAUAUAUAUAUAGAGAGAGAGAGACAUAUAUAUAUUUUUUUUGGCAGUCAUCGUAAGACGACAGGAAAUUAUUUUGUUUAUCCAGCGUGUUUCUUAAACGAGACAAUACCGCGCUUAGUAAUUGUUGUAAUCAGGGGAGGGGAAAUUUUUUCGUUUAUUUUAUAUUUAUCAGUUGAUCCGCGAAUCUAAAUAGAAAUGUGACGCGUGACGUAUAAAACCUUAGGACUGUUCGCGAUCAAUUCGAUAUCAUUCUGUUCUAAGCGCGAGUAUUGGGCUUGUAUGGGCGCAAUCAAUCGACAAAACGAACUUGAACUUUGCGUAGACCGGAUACCACCCUGUUAUCGUAAACUGCGUGCCUUCCUCUUUUUUAUAUUGUACAUUUCACAUACACACAUACAUACGUAACACGCGCGCGUAUUUUGCUACACGAAGGAACAAAGAAAAUAACCGAUGCACUAGUUUUUCAAGAAAUCAUCGUGAGUUUAGCAUAGAGUAAUCUGGUCAGUGUUUGUGCGUAGAGCGGUGCUUCUCAACCUUUUCGAAACACGGCUCGAUGUAUAUAGUCGGUUCAAGUUUGUUUUUAUUUAUUCAGUUUCAGUAGGGAACAAUCAGUUCUUUAUUCGUGAAAAUAUGGCGAACAUUUCGUAGCUGUACUAGUUGGAAAGGAAUCAGUUUAGUUUUUGUAUUCAUGAAGACAGGGAGCUUGAACAAAUCAGUCUUUCUUUCUACAAACUCAUUGCGAGUUGUAUAAUUGUACAAUACAAUUUUCGUUAACUUUUAAGAAGAAGUCGUUAAAUUUACAUUUCCAACAAUCUCUUCGUAUAAAACUCGUUUGGGUCGCGACGCCCGGGUUGAGAAGCGCCGAUGGUAGAGCGUGUACGUGCCGAAACGACGACGAAACGAUUUAUCACACUAUUAUUUAUAAGAAACAAUAGAAGAAAAUACGUAAGAGAGAGAGAGAGUGAAGCAAUGGAAAAGUUUGUAAUGUGUUCUAGCAGAACCGAGACAACGAAUGAAUGGUACCGAGCAAAAGAGAUGAGCGUUUGCGCGUGAAUGAUCGAGCGAGAAUUGAGUAGCUUACUUUGGGUUACUUUAACGACUAAGAUCUUAUUUAAGUUCUUUUUUCUUUCUUUCCACUUCCACGGAUCAGGAUAUAAGUUUUGUGCCUACGUUUUUACAUUUAAUUUCAACUGCAUGGUGAUACAAGUAUGCUUUACAUGUAAACAUUAGUGUUUCUUAACCGAUAAUUACCCAUCGGUCGAGAUUACGGAAGCGAUCGUCGCUCGAUCGACACGAGGAUUCGAUCGCGAUCGCCUUCAUAAUUCCAUUCGACUUGUCUUGUGUAUUAUUAUCAUCGAUAAUCGUCGAUCGAAUUUUCUUUGUAAUCGGUUCUCGCUGCUACGUUUUUUUUUUUUCUUUUCGAUAACGCACGUUCACGACCAUACCCGCCGAAGGGAAAAAACGAAAAUGAUUUCUCAUCGUCUCGGUCUAUAUUAUUGUCCCUCUGUCGCGCUCAGACGAGAGAUCGAAUGCGUAAGAAGAUCAUUGUAGAGUACUUGUAGGUGAAAGGGCGACCUGGCCACACGCGACAAAUUAAUAUUAAAUCGUGCACGGCGGUAAAAAAAAAGAAAACCUAGAGAAGAUAACAAGAAGCAACUCGAUCGCCUUUAUACAUUAUAAUUAAACGUGUAAACGUACCGAGGUUACAACGCAACGUUUAUACGUAAAAGUAUAAUUGAACAUAGCGCAUCUGUAAAUGAUUUAAACAAACGCUCUUUGCUGCACUCCAAAACUCUAUUGCCCGUCCAAAUGUCCCGAAAGAUCUUAUUUUUCUUUUUUAUAUAUAUAUAUACACGUAUAUACAGUACUUCUUUUUCUUCUUUUUUUAAUUUUCUUUUCCUUCUUUUAUUGUUUGAAGUCGAUCGAUGAACCUAUCGUAGAAGCGUCUGUCUUAGAUCUUUUCAACAACAGAAACGAAAACAAAAAAACAAUGGAGGGCAGUAAAUGGCUCAUAGAGACAGGAUAGAAAUAUUAUUUAAAAUAAUUUUAAGAAGCAAUAAUAGUAAUAAUUUCGUAUUAAUAAACAUGUUGAAACUGUCUUGUA